GGCGCUGUCUCGGAUAAAGCUCGUGAGGUCCGGCUUGAGAGCGAAACUCUUCAGCUGCUUUGUACCGUGCUAUUCCCGUUAUUUUCUGCCUGGUUUUGCUCAGUUACAGUCCCUUGGAUCCGCUAUGUCAAAAGAUUGGUCUCACGGGUUGUUCGGCUGCUUCGAUGACUGUGGUACUUGCCUUGUAACGUAUUUCUGCCACUGUUACACCGCUGGAAAGAACGCCGAGGCGGUCGGAGACAGUUGCUUGCUGUGUGGACUGGCGACGUUCGUUCCACUGGCGAACAUCUUCUUCAUGGCGCAGAUCCGAUCCAAGAUCCGCGAGGCUAAAGGAAUCGACGGUACCUUCCUGAACGACCUCUUGGCCACUUGCUGUUGCCCGUUGUGUAUGCUGGUUCAGUCGGCACAAGAAGUUAAAGGCGGACCCGGAGCCAUGGCUAUCGCUCGCUCGUAACCCGACGUCAGCAGCAGAUUCCACGGAGGUGUUCGCAGCUUUCGUCUACAGGAAGAUGAAGUUAAGAUUUAUAUUUUUUAGUUUUAGUAGAACCAACUGCAAGUGAAAGAGGCAAAGAGGAAAAUUUUACAAAAGCGAUUGUGAAAUAUCUUAAGAUGAAACUGAUCUGUUUGUAGUGUUUUAAUGUUGGCCUAUAUUUCAAGCUCAAUAUACAAUCUAGCUAUUCUAUAGUCAAUCAUACUUAUUAACUGGAUCUGUUCACUUUUCUUGAAACUGACUCUGGACAAGGAGAGAACAUUUUAUACCGCGUUAUCACGUUUCUACCGUUUUCAAGGGGUGUGUAAUCAUACAACUCUGACCCCAGGUUGAACAGACAUUCGCUUUACUUUGUUUUUGGUUAACAGAUAUGUGGAGAUUUUGUAAUUCUGAUCAGUCCUUUUAAUUAAAAAAAAGAUCCUCGAUGAGGCUUGCGGUUAAAAAAGGUUAUUGGUUUCGAUACUUUUUCGUGGAAUUAAAUCUCGUGCUGAAGUUUCGUCAAGA